AUGAGAAACCCAGCUACAAUCCUCCUUGCAUUCGCCGCCGUUCCAGCCCUGGGGGCCGUGGCCGGUCGAGGCGGGAAAGGAAAUGAGCCCGAGGACCAAAGCCUCAACCCCUCCAACCUUGCCGCCAUCCUAAAGUCCCACCUGCCAGCCAAAUGCGAGGACCUCCCCUGCCUCGCGGGAGCCGGCGGGGACGCCACCUGCAAGAGCGCCGGGUGCGGCGACGGGGGCUGCCUCCAUCACCCGGCGGAGAAAUGGAGCCUGAACUGGGGCGGGUGCGCAAAGAAGGGCGACGAGACGCUCGCCACGAACCUAGCGGAGCAAGCCGACGAGGACGCCAGAGUGUGGUUACAGCCCCAGGAGAACGGCGGCGCCGGCUUCGAUAAACCGCUAGAACAAUGCGCGAAGAUCAAGUGUACCGGGGUGGGCCCCAGCGAAGAUUGCGCCAGGGAGGGAUGCGGGAAUGUGUGCUAUCGUGAUCCCAAGCUGGAGGGCCUCCACAAGGGUAUAUGCGGUGUGGCUGUAAAGAACGGCGCGUUGGACAAGGCUAAGGUGCACAAACGGACAUCACAUGGCCAGCAGCAGCCCCGAGACCAGAGCCCCAAUGAAUACGAUAAAGACGACAUAGUCCGCGCCCUAAAGUCCUACCUGCCGGCGAAAUGCGAGGACGUCCCCUGCCCGCUCGACUCCCACUCCUCCAGCAACGCCUGCUACGACGCCGGCUGCGGCGGACGGGCCUGCGUCCCGCACCCGGCGGAGUCUAAGCUGGGCUCGGGCCGGUGCGCGCAGGAAAACGACAACGACGACAAGGCCGCCCAGGAGGACUUGGUAAAGAUGACCGAGUCGGACGCCUCAAAGUGGGCGAACGACGUCGACUUAGAGCCGCUGGAACAAUGCGCCGCGCAGGCGUGUACGAAGCUGGGCGCCAGCUCUGAUUGUGACUCGGUGAUGUGCGGAAAAGUGUGCUAUGUAGAUCCCGACGCGAAAAACCCCAACCACGGUAGAUGCGCCGUGUUACCAGGAAAGAACGGGAGCGGUACGUCCAAGUUGGCGUCCACGUCGGGCACGGCCAAGGCUCGGUUGGGAGGCCGAGACCAGACCCCCAACUACGAUCGCAUACUCGCCAUCCUCAAGAAGAACCUGCCGCAGAAAUGCGAGGACGUCCCCUGCCGGCUGAAAAACAAAAACCCCCCUGAGAAUUUCGAUCUCGGCUGCAAGAACGCCGGCUGCAAUCCACAGGGGUGCAUCUGGCACCCGAAGGAGACUGUGGCGAACCCGGCCUGGGGCCGCUGCGCGGCGGGGAGCAUGGGUCCGGAGGCCACGGGCCUAGUGCCGUACGCCGAGGAGGACGCCAGGAAGUGGGCUGACGACAAAGAUAUUGAACCGCUGGAACAGUGCGCGGACGUUAAGUGCUCUUUGGUAGGCGUCAGCUACGAAUGCAACUUGGCGAUGUGCGGGAAAGUGUGCUACAAGGCGGAGGACACCCACCAUGGUAGAUGUGUACCAGAAAUGGACGAGGGUUCCACGUGGGGCAACGUCAAGAGUUGGCUUGGCUUGAGUUAA